AUGGUUUCUCAAUCGAGCAGAACGACGCCGAACGAGCUCCUCGAAGCGCAACCGUCUCAGCAACAGCGGAAGAAAUCGAAAAAGGCCUCGAACUGGGUAGCCCAAGCGCGCUCACGGGCCACCGGCACCAUUCGACGUACUCUGUUUGGACAGAAGUCAAAAUCAGCUCGAGCGCGUGAUGCCGAAAGUAUCGUCAUCGAAGAAGAUGACUAUACACAGACGAAUUACGAUACGGUGAAAUCGCUGCCGGCCACAGGCCACUAUGGCCGUAGCCGUGUUGGACAUCAUCUUCAUGUGGACGUUGAAGGUCACUUGGCGCUAGUUCAACCCACUGGCCCUGCAGCGCCACCGGUGAUUAUUCUGAAACUGCCAAGAAGACGUCAAAGUGCACAACCAAGUCGCAUUUCACCGAUAGCACGUGCACCAUUAUACGAUCCGACGGCAAUGUUCAAUUCGUUCGAUUCGAUGACAAUCGGUUCCGCCGCAGCGGACAUUAAUGCCGUCUUUUUUGAUUGCCAGGAUGCAGUUUACUCGUUAUUUAUGAAAGCUCAUAAAUGUUACGAUCUGAUACCGACGUCUACGAAACUGGUCGUUUUCGACACGCAAUUGCCGGUGAGGAAGGCGUUUUUCGCUCUGGUGUAUAACGGAGUUCGUGCCGCACCUUUGUGGGACAGUGAAAAACAGCGUUUCACUGGAAUGUUAACUAUCACUGAUUUCAUCAAAAUCCUGAUCAAGCAUUACGAAUCCGGAAACAACGAUGAGAAAAUGCGUGCACUGGAGGAAGAGCAGAUCAGUCAUUGGCGUGAACAAUUCGAAGCUGACGGAAUACCACCGUUGGUGACCAUUGAUCCGAACGAAAGCCUCUAUCGCGCCGUUCAAGUGCUUUGUGAGUCGAAAGUACAUCGACUACCGGUGAUGGACAAGAAUACAGGAAAUAUCAGUUAUAUUAUUACUCACAAAAGGCUUAUCAAAUUUCUAUCUUUAUAUCUUCACGAUUUACCCCGACCUGGGUUCAUGGAUAGCACACCGAAGGAGUUGGGAAUUGGUUCAUGGGGUGAUAUUCUCACCAUUCAUGUCGAUACACCGCUUCAUGACGCACUGGACAUUUUCCUGCGUAAUCGGGUCUCGGCGCUGCCUUUAGUGGACGAAAAAGGACGGGUGGUUGAUAUAUAUGCUAAAUUCGAUGUCAUCAGUUUGGCAGCUGAGAAAUCGUACAAUCGAUUGGAUUGUACUGUACAGGAGGCACUGAAACAUCGCUCAGAGUGGUUCGAAGGCGUACAAUGCUGUCGCGAGACGGAUUCCCUCUUUGUUGUGGUGGAGGCCAUAGUUCGAGCCGAAGUUCAUCGAUUAAUAGUGACCGAUGUGGACAAAAAGGUGGUUGGAAUCAUAUCCUUAUCGGACAUACUCAAGUUUCUGGUGUUGGACGGCGCUGAACUCAAUGGUGGAAUGUCAGCGCAGCAAUCGCCACACGUUUCCAUCGACGAUAGCCCGCCAAUAGAAGGAAUCCCGGAAGGUCCAACGACUUCACAUUGCAUCAGUGAUAAGCUGUACAUACCUGAUCUUCUCAGUGAUGAAUCUCAGGUUCUGAUUCCGUGCGUAGCCUCCUCGUCAGUUGCCGUUGAAGUCUGGGUUUGA